UCAUUCCUUGGGACAGACUGGCCCAAGUUAACUAAAAGUUUGCCCCCUUUGCAAACAGAAAACGCCUCGCCCGCCGCAGACGGAAGGGGAAAAUCUGCGGACCGCUAACAUACCCGCGCAAACCCUUCCUCCGUCUAAGGCGGGACCAGGCUUCCCAUGCCAAGUAUAUUCAGGCCAGGAAGGGAAAACCCCGCGUUCAGCGAGCUCUCCUCCUCCUCCUCCUCCUCCUCCCUCCUCGCCCUCAAAGCGCCAAAGCCGUCCCCGGGAGCGAGGCUUUUUUUCUGGCCUACGCUUACGCCUCGGUUCCUCGCUUUCCCCGCUCGCCUGCCUGCCGGCCUGCCUGCCUGCCGGCCUCCCUCCCUCCCUCCCGGUGGUCAGAACCCGAGGGCUCCGCUCCAGCGGCCCCAGAGACAUGGACUCGGCCACCCCAGAAUCCCACGAGAUGAACGGGCUGACCGCGGGGACCGGCAACGGCGACGUGCCGCCUCCUGCUGAGCUCCGGACUCGCUGGCUACAGAGAGACAGGACGAUUAACAUUAACCAUUAUGCCAAUAAGAAGAGUGCAGCAGAGAGUAUGCUGGACAUUGCUUUGCUCAUGGCCAAUGCGUCCCAGCUGAAGGCGGUCAUGGAACAAGGGCCAUCUUUCUCAUUCUACAUCCCACUUAUUGCCCUCAUCAGCAUCUCGCUCAUACUCCAGGUUGGAGUAGGGGUGCUUCUAAUAUUCCUUGUCAAAUAUGACCUUAAUAACCCUGCAAAGCAUGCCAAGCUGGACAUCCUGAAUAAUCUUGCAACGGGACUGGUGUUUAUUAUAGUAGUUGUGAAUAUCUUUAUUACUGCAUUUGGAGUACAGAAACCAGCAGUCUCAACCAGUAAGUGAAAGAGAUCUGAGCAUUUUAACUCUGUAGAUAAUUUCUGCAUCUUGAGCCAGAGUCUCUUGGAUGAAAGACAUGAAGAACCUGAAGCAAUUCAAACAACAAUUUCUUCCUCUCAUCAAUUUUCCAGAAAGGACAUUAUGUACAACCUCUUGGCUACACAAAGAUGGAUGGCUGCUUUUGAGAAAACUGGAUUACAUUUUGUCAUGCUGGAGAUUCAACCCGAGGAUACAAGGCUCAGAACUUCUACAUACACCUAUCGAGAAGACUGUCAUAUAAUUUUUUUUCUCCAGAGAUAGCUACUCUGUUACUGAGAACUGGUGCUGUUGGGAAAGUCUAUCUAUGUAAGAAAUAGGUGGACUGAGGAGAGAAUUUGUCCCACCAGGUCUGCCAGCAAUUGAUGUUAAUUUGCAUAAUUGUGGCCCCAUCUGUAGGCAGCAAGGUUGUGCUGGUCUCCAGAAACACUGGUGGGGGUCAGAUACGUGGCCUUUAGUUUCUCCCUCCUUUUUACAUGCCUCACAAGCAACAAAUAUCUCCAUGAAAUGGACGAAUUCAAGUUCUUCCAUGACUCUGUUACAGCUCAGAAUUCCUUACUCUCUGUGCCUUUCCUGAGAUGUGUCGAACAGAGAAAGAGAAUCAAUGCUCUGUUUGGGAGUACAAGCUUUACACAGGGCAGAGAACCGUUUUCCUAAAUUCCAUGUAAAGAAGGACAGCGUUGUCUGUCGAAGCUCUUAAAAUUUUGGGAAGCCAGUGUUUUAUAUGCAAAGGAUCAGUGCAAUUUUUUUCUUUACUUAUACAAUUCCAGAAGAAGAAUGUAUCUCAUAAUGGGAGACUGUUCCUGUGUAAAAGGGGAAUCUGCCUUCAAUCAAUGUAGUGGGUACAUGGGGACAGUCAAAUUUCUGUGCUCACAAUGGCCAUUUAACUAUACCUCAGGUUGCUUCAGCAUCCAAGUGUUCCAAAGAGACUAUUUUUAAAAGAUUUUCCUGGUUCCUGUUAUUUUUGAAUGGGGCCAUAGUUGUGUUUUAAAGAAUUGGCACAAACUGGGAGGUGUGUCUUAAAAUGCAGCCCACAGUAUAUUUAAGAGUGUAAGAGCUCUGCUGGAUCAGAAGAAAGAUCUUUCUAGUCCGGCUUCCUGUUCCCCAACAAGAAAUCAGGCUAAGAAGACCUAAGCACAGUCUAAAUAAGAAAAGCUCAGCUCAGGCCUCUGUCUCAUUUCUCCUUGAUUCAUCUUCAUUUAUCUCAGUGGCACUCAGGACACAUUGCAGAAGCCAUGAUGCAUUUUCUCUUCAUUUUUAACCCUCCAACAAAGACCUUCUUCAGCAAGAAAAACUUAGGCCUCCACAGUCUAAACUUCAGUUAUCACUGUUGCAGAGAUGUGACAUAAUGUGGCCCUUCAGAUGUAGAUAAACCAAAAUUCUACUACUGACCUUGUGAUGACCAGGGCUGGUGGAAGUUACAGGCAUCAACAUCUGGAGAGUUGAACAUUUCUUACCCUUGCCCAACUGGAAUUAAAAUGGACUUGACAGUGCAAACUGAUCUAAUCAGAAUUUAGCCCUGUUGAGUUUAGUAAAGCUUAGCCUAAAUAAAUGGGUAUAGGAUUGCAGCCUAAUAGUGUUUAACUGCUGACUCUCUAGCAUGGCAUUUGUGUGUGUGUGUGCAUGCAUGCGCGUGCGAUUUCAUUUUUCUAUUUGUUGUUCAUCAGUAAUAAGACACCAGAAUUUGUUUUUAAAGGACAAUACAGUAUCUCUAAUGAAUACAGAUGAGUCAAGAAUUAAAUUAUUCAGAGUAGAUACUAUUGAUGGCAAUUGUAUACAUCACAAAUAUUUUCUCUAAGAAAUUACACUAAGCAUGUUAUUCUUAAUUUAUCAUAUAAUAAACAGAAGUUGCCUUCCA